AUGGUGGUCUUCUUUCUUCUUCUUGUUCUUCUUCUUCUUGUGCCUUGUGCUCGGGUCGCCUACGUCCGCGGCGGCGUCCAGAGGGACCUGCGUCUCCUCCUCCUCCACCUCGUCCGUCUCCGCGGCGACGGCGGGGCGCGGGCGGUGCGCCUCGCGCGUCGUCGUCGUCGUCGUCGGGUUCGGGUUCGGGUUCGUCGACUCGGGACGGGCCGCGAGAGGCGUCCGCGUCGGCGUCGCGACGGGCGCGGCGACGACAGCGGGGGGCGAGCGCGCGUCCGCCGUCGGCGUCGGCGUCGCGGGCGCGUCGUCUUCGGCCUCCGCGGGCGCGGCGUCCGUCGUCGUCGUCGUCGUCGUCGUCGUCGUCGUCGUUGUUCCGGUCUGGCGCGUCGUCGUCGCCGAGGGUUUCAGCGACGACGACGACGCGCGGCCGCCUUCUUCACGCGCGACGGUCGCGAGAGGCAACGCGAGGACGAGGACGAGGACGCACGCGAAGACUCGCGCGCGGGGGGCAUGACGCCGGGCCGCGAUCGACGCGUGCGUUCGUCGGCGCGCGCGGCGGCGGCUGUUCUGCGCGCGGCGGCCCGCGCGCGGCGGACCGGUCGACACGCCGCGGCCGCGCGCCGCGUUUCGGCUCGUCCGAGACGCAACGGAUAA